GCUCUUGCUCAUAGAGCGGCCCGUAGGUAAACACCUCUCACCACCAGCAGGUGAAUACUUUCUCAGCGAAGUUCGAUUUUUAUCAGCUCACCUUUAUCAGUGAAUGCUUUGCCACGGCGGCAACAUUCGGCUUUCGUAGAAUCAGCAAGGCAGCCUAAUUCUUCUAAAACAAUUUUCAAAAAGAUGAACAUCCGUGCGAGUUACGCGUUCGUGGUUCAAGUGCUGGUUAACUUCUGGAGAGUUGCUGGAACCAGUACGGGGUCAAGUGGCCCAGCACAGAAGGCACUGCAACAACCCAUUCACAUACUUAGCCCUAUAGAGGCACCUGAUUAUAUCCCAUGUCCUUAUCCGAGCGACAUCGUUCCUUGCGAGUGCACCGUCAAUGAGGAUUACUCUAUGGAGAUGGAUUGCUCGAAUAUUCGAAGUGAGGAAGAAUUAAAACACAUCUUUAGUCAGAAGUUUCCAUUUUACAAAUUUCAAAAACUGAUAAUAGAAAACAACGAAAAUUUCAGAGUGCUUAGCACAGGGGCUCUGGGAAACGCGUCAUUUGAAGAAAUAAACAUAAAUAACUGCGCUUUGAAUGAAAUCGAAGUUGACGCUUUGGAACAUAGUCAAGCCACUUUAGAAUGCUUGCGACUGAAUGACAACAAACUGUGGUCCUCUCCCAGCUUUGACUUUACUCUGUUCCCGAAACUAUCAUACCUGAGCGUGCAGCGAAAUUCUUUUACGGUGUUUCCUGAGCUUAUCUCGUACUCGUUGAGAACCCUCUUUCUCGAUGGAAAUGAUUUUGAGCAUAUCCCGUCUGAAUCCACAAAAGGAUUGCCAAUGCUCGAGAUUAUAUCUCUUCAGCACUGUUCUAUAACGGAAUUAGCAUCAGAAAGUUUUUCAACAAAUAUUCUUCUGUCAGCGGUCAAUUUGGGAUUUAACAAUCUGACGCAUCUACCCAAAGGCGCAAUUCAGUUGUAUGGUCCAAACAGCCAGCUUGGGCUUCAGAACAACAAGAUUUCGCACUUAAGCAAGGAUUCUUUCUCCGGUGUUAAAUUGGUCAUGGAUGUAACUGACAACUACCUCGAGGAGUUGGAUGAAGUAGUAUGGCGACCACUUCUUGAAGAUGGAGUGUUCUUGACGUUGGAAGGUAACCCAUUUAUAUGUGGUUGUGACAUUGCCUGGUUGAUCGUGAACCGAACGCUCCUGGGCAGAAUAGGAGACAAGCCAACCUGCCACGGAGGUGAAGCCUUUUUUGAUUUGGAUCCAAGUAUCUAUGAGGCUUUGUGUUUUUGAUCAUACGACCCUUCUCAACUUCGAAUAUCUGACAGGACUGAAUUCUAUGGAAAGUGAUGUUAAAAUCAGAAAAUGAGUUAAUAAGCUGCAUAUUGCUAGUUUUCUUUGAAUAAUUUUCAUAAUGUCACACUUCACAAUUUAAAAGCAAGGUUCUAAAUACAGAUAGAAAAUCAAAGUA